CAUAGCCGGAGUGAGAGUCGUCCUGUGCUCUGAGCCAGAGUUGUGUACGUCAUGGCAACGCAAAUUUUGCAAACCGAGCGCUUCAUAGCCCAAAAAUAUUUCUUCAGAGUCCAAAAAUGGGGUUGGAAAGUGGUCGGAUUCUGGCCGGGCAUGGACAAUAUUCCAUCGCUACGGAUAGGUCUGGCGAUUGGGAAUAGCAUCGAAGUGUUGAUAUACAGCGUGUUCCAGCUCAUGUAUUGCUAUGAGAGCUCCCACAAUUUAGUUUUUGUGCUUGAUGCAUUAACACCGGUUCUGACACAAAUUACGACUGCUAUGAAGGUGCUGAUUAUCGUUGCGAGGCGUGAGGAUCUGAAAUUUGUUUUGGAUUACCUAAAGCAAUCAUUUUACUAUGAUAAAUCCAGGGAAAGCGUCAAGAUUCACGGCAGAGCAUCAAUCAUCUCGUUUACAUUUGGACUGACUCUGGCUGUUUUCGCGAAUCUAACGAAUUUGUUCUUUUGCCUUUUACCGAUGGUCAAGGACUCGUACCGAUUGCUGAUGGGGAUCGAACGGAGCUACGAUUUGCCAUUCAAAGCUGUUUUCCCGUUCAACAUUUUCUGGUCACCACUGUUCGAAUUCAUAUUUGUGACUUCGGUCUACAGUGGCAUUAUGACCGCCACCUCAAUUUACAGCACAGAUGGCUUGUUUCUGGGGAUUUGUGCACACAUUUCCAGCGAAUUCAAAAUCAUUGGAUCACGAGUCAGCACACUGAUUGAGGACGAAAUUGGAUCCCAUCAAUCAAUCGAAAAAUUCUCGAAAGAGCAAAAUGACCGUCUGUAUAAGAAGCUGACGGCAAUCAUCGACGAUCACAGUACAGUUAUCGAUGUGUGCCAGAAAAUGUCCCGAUGUCUGUCGCCCAAUGUGUUGAUUCAUUAUUUCACAUCAGCCGUCAUCACAUGCAUCUGCUGUCUGAUGAUACUCCUGGCUGAAGGAGCAGCGAAAAUAAUCUUCGUGAACUACAUAAUCGCAUCGACGACCCAGGUGUUCGUGUAUUCGAUCAGUGGUAAUAUGCUUGAAGACGCCAGCACCGGGAUAUAUUUCACGGCGUACGAUUUUCCGUGGUACAAAUGCGACGAACGUAUUCGUCGAACGAUCCAGAUGAUAAUGAUUCGGAGCCAGAGGAAAACUGCCAUUGAUGUGCCGUUCUUCGAGGCUUCGUUGGAGACGUUUAGUGCGAUUAUCAGAACAGCAGGUUCAUACAUUGCCCUACUUAACACGUUUCUAUAAGCUCAUUGGACUUGGAUUCGGAUGUCAUAGACUAGUCGAUGCUUUGCAUUUAAGGGAAUUCUAAUAGAUUCGUUUUUUCAUAGUAGAA